GGCAUCAUCUCGCUUCAAAGUCAGUUCAACAUGGACAACCCUCUUGAACACCCAUCCAGUGGCUAUAAAAAAAUCUUUGAAUCAUGUGAAGAGUUAGCUGAGCCCAUUCCUGCUCAUGUCUCAGGCAAAAUCCCUGCAUGGCUUACUGGCAGUCUGCUCCGCAUGGGCCCUGGGCUCUUUGAGAUUGGAGAUGAACCUUUAUACCACCUUUUUGAUGGCCAGGCUCUCUUACACAAGUUUGACCUGAAGGAUGGACAUGUCACCUAUCACCGCAGAUUUAUCAGAACUGAUGCUUAUGUCAGAGCCAUGACAGAGAAAAGGGUGGUGAUCACUGAGUUUGGCACCGCUGCGUAUCCAGAUCCAUGCAAAAAACAUUUUUCCAGGUUUUUCACUUACUUUCAAGGCAUUGAGGUGACAGACAACUGCCUUGUCAACAUCUACCCCAUCGGUGAGGACUUCUAUGCCUGCACGGAAACCAACUACAUAACCAAAGUUGAUCCUGAGACCCUCGAAACGAUAAAAAAGGUGGACCUCUGCAACUAUCUCUCAGUGAACGGUGUGACUGCACAUCCACAUAUUGAACCAGACGGAACUGUAUAUAACAUUGGAAACUGCUUUGGGAAGAACAUGUCGCUGGCUUACAACAUUGUCAAGAUCCCUCACCACAAAGAAGAUAAAUCCGAUCCAAUAGAAAAGUCAAAGGUUUUGGUUCAGUUUCCAAGCAGUGAGAGAUUAAAACCAUCCUACGUCCAUAGCUUUGGUAUGACGGAGAACCACUUUGUGUUUGUUGAGAAUCCGGUGAAGAUCAAUCUGCUGAAAUUUCUGACUUCUUGGAGCAUCAGAGGAACAAGCUACAUGGACUGCUUUGAGUCAAAUGAAAGAAUGGGUACGUGGUUUCAUCUGGCAACCAAGAAUCCUGGAGAAUACAUCAACCACAAAUUCAGAACAUCUGCCUUUAAUGUUUUCCAUCACAUUAACUGUUUUGAGGACCAAGGGUUUAUUGUUGUUGACCUGUGCACUUGGAAAGGGUAUGACUUUGUGUAUAAUUAUCUAUAUUUGGCAAACGUGAGGCAAAAUUGGGAGGAACUCAAAAAAGCAUCCAUGAGAGCUCCACAGCCAGAGGUGCGGAGAUACGUGCUUCCACUGGACAUACACAGGGUAAGAGAUAUCAGUGUUAUUUCAGUGUCUUAG